GUGCAGCGCGUCGGCAGCGAACGCGGCGGCGGUGGUGCCCCCCCUCUCGCUACCCAGCGCCGCCCGGCCUCCAGCCUGCCCCCGAUACAGAAGCAACCACUCCGGCGCUUUACGCCGCGGACCGCCGCCACGGUGCGUACACACACCGCACACGCCCGAACGGCCCCGCUGUUGCGACCGAGGCUUUCGACCCCCACCGCCACCCCUCAAUCCCCCCCCCCCCCCCUCCGUCGUGCACCACCGGUGGCGGUGGUGGGGGGCCCCCGCAGACAGGCAUCUCCAGUGCGCCACCGAAGGACAUAGUGCCGAACCCCCGAGUCGGCCGGUGUAGCCGCCGCCGCCGCCUGCCGCAGCCACUCGUUGAAUGCGCCGGCUACCGCUGCAAGGGGAAUACCCGGCGAGGCCCGUGCGCCCAGUGGUCGCCCUCGUCUUCGCUCGGGCUCCUGACGACGCCGCCGUCGACGCAGCCGCUUGAGCAUCAGCCGACGCGAGGACGUGGACGGCAGCUGCGGCUAUUCGGCGGCGGCCUCUGACACGGGGAGGCAUCAGCAGCAGGCGCCGUCAGAACUGCAGCGGCCGGCAGAAGCCGGGCGGUAGCUUAUGCCUCCCUUCGACGCGCCCGCACAGCCGGCCCAUGGAUUCCGAGCAUCGCUGGACAUGGACGUAGCCCACUCGACGAACAACAGCAGCAGCGGUGGUCCCCUCCAAGCGCAGCCGCAGUGCCUGCCGGCCGACCUGAGCCUGCCGUCCAAGUCGCGAGCCGUGCAUGCCCCGUCGCCCGCGGCGCUCCUCGGCUUCCGAAAAACCGCGCCGCACCACUCUGCUUCGGCCAUGGCCCCGGCCGCAGCCGCGGCAGCGGCAGCAGCCGCAGCCGCCGCCGGCGGACCCUUCUGCGCCGGCGGUCCGUUCCCGCUGGGCGGUCCGCUGCCACUGUUGCCCGGCUUCGCCAUGGCGCCGUUCGCGCCCUAUCCCCUGCUCUUCCUGGCCGGCGCCAGCGCCGCGGCCCACAAGGAGGCCGCCGGCUCGCAGCUGUCGCCCGCUGCGCCCACCGUGCGUGGUGCCUCCUCGGCUACGAGCACGCGCACGGCGUCGUCCUCGACGUCCAACCACUCCCGACCGCGGGGCAAGUUCGACUUCUCCCGACUCGCCGAGUCGGCCACCUCGCGGGACGGCGACGCGGACCGAUCCUCGCUCACCGCCGACGGCCACGAGCGGACGGCUCCCCGGCUCAGUCCGCACCAGCCGCCCUCGAUGCCGCCCCAGCACCACCCGUCGGCAACCACGCAGCGCGGGCUCCUGGGUCCACCGUCGUCGGCGGGCAGGCCACCGCCUCCGGCCUUCCCGCUGCUGCCGUCGUACUACUCGCUACAAGGCGCCGUCGGACCCCUGGCGGGGGAACUGUUCGAGCGGAAGCCCGUGCGAGGCCGAGGCGGCUCGUCGAGGCCCAAGAAGGAGUUCAUCUGCAAGUUCUGCCAGCGCCGCUUCACGAAGUCCUACAACCUGCUCAUCCACGAGCGGACGCACACCGACGAGAGACCGUACACGUGCGACAUCUGCCACAAGGCGUUUCGCCGCCAGGACCACCUCAGGGACCACAGGUACAUCCACUCGAAGGAGAAGCCGUUCAAGUGCGGAGAGUGCGGAAAGGGCUUCUGCCAGUCGCGCACCCUGGCCGUGCACCGCAUCCUGCACCUGGACGACUCGCCGCACAAGUGCCCCACGUGCGGCCGCAGCUUCAACCAGCGCUCGAACCUCAAGACGCACCUGCUGACGCACACGGACAUCAAGCCGUACCACUGCCCAGCCUGUGGCAAGGUGUUCCGCCGAAACUGCGACCUGCGCCGGCACGCACUCACGCACACCCUGGGCAUACCGGAGGACCCGGACCUGGAGAACUCGUGCAACGAGCCGGGCACCUCUUCGAGCGCCAUCGACAUCAUCGAAGAUGACGAUGACGAUGACAGCGACCACCAGCCCGCGGACAUACUCGACGUGGAGAACUGAUACACUGUUAUGCACACUUGGUUGGUGAACUGUCACAUCCUGCCGGGGCGUGUGUACCUGUGAGCGCAGAAAAAGGUUGGGAGUAUGGCGAGACGCCGUGUGCGCAUUGUAACAUGGCGGCUUUUCAUCCAGUGACGUGUGCUACCCACGUGAUCUACACCACCACCUAUCCGUCGUGUCGCCUGAAGGAUCGGCAAGAAGAUUACCUUCGUUGGUUAUAUUUCGACAGAGACCCCGAUCGCGCAGAAUUAUUGCCGUUGAUAUGGCUGUCCUGGAAGAGCUGUAUAGCAUGUAGUCAAAAAUUUGAGGCAGUGAGUGAAAACAUUGCGAAUCUAUAGGUUGGCUGGUGCUUGGAUUUUCUUUGAGCUACCGCCUCAUUUCUCCGAACGACAGUCACUGUUACGAUGAUCAAGCGCGAAUUUUCAUCACAAAGUUCCGCCCAUUGUGCCCUGCUCGAAGUUUUCUAGGAGCGUUACUACGAUCAACUUCAUCUCCAGCGACAAGAUUGAUCACUUGAUGAUGUGGUUUUCAUAUUUCUGCGGUAUCCACCUUCAGUAAGCACUGUGGCUUGUGCGCACCUAUUCGUGACCGGCGUAGGAACAAAAAUAAAUAGAAAACAUAACAAAUCUUUCUCAACGAACGAGCCGCCACUCAAAUACAUGGCGCCUGACUGUGUGUGACGGGGAACGAUUGGCCUUUUGAAUGCUCUUUUAGAAAUGUUUCAAAUCUGUGACUGGCUUGAGUUGUCAGCCACUGAUGUUACUCAUCGUACAAUGAUCAGUCAUGCUAUACAAAAGUCAUAUUCAUUAUGAUGUUCCUUCAUCCGUGACGAAGGGUGUGUUUUGAGAAAUUCGCGAUCAUCCCCACCUGAAUGAACCACCUGGACGUCUGUGGAUUCCUUCCGACGUGUAUACCACCGUUUUUCGGCCCUCGCAGGCUACGCAAAAAAUGUGUAUUGCGUUUCCUUUUGGAACGUUCGUGGAAGACUGAGUGUAGGUGAAAACUUGGUGAAACACGGUGAAGUGCUACGAUAUGUGCCCCAUGUUGAUCGGACUUGACGCGAGGCAGUCACCGACACCCCGACUGUGAAAAAAAAAAAAGGACACGUGAGUGGUGAACCAGUGACUUUGAACGCUUGUCGUCCGCAUUAUCUGAAUGAUUCGCAAUGUGCUAUUGUAUGUAUUUCCCGUUGCACCAAUGUUUCCAAGUGGAAAUAGUCUUCAAGGGACACGUAGACCCUGUGUUUGAGAAUUUCGUGCUCCGUUUUAUUUUUUUUAACUUUCCUUUAUUUGCUUGCUUUACUGUGAACAUUUAUGUGGGACUAGCCAGCGAGCCGUCUGCCACAGUGGCGUUAAGUUAUUGGUUAUCGUAUUUAUAACCUGAAUCUUCCGGGCUGAGUUAGUUUUCAGUGAUCGCGCGGUGCUGACAGUGCAAUAUACAUGCUAGCGUACGGCAGGAAAUUGAUUGGUUACGACGUUUCCGGCCUCUACAGUUACACGUUAUAAUACUUCGCGGUAAAUGCCGUGCUUUUGUUAUGUGCGUUCGCUAUAGGUUGCAGCGAGCUGCUGAAAGUGUUGCUGGCAAACGCUAUGGAUGCGGAACGCUUCUCUGUAUGCCAAAGAUUUCGUAGAACGAAUGGUAAAAAGAGAAUUUCGCGGUGAAAACCCAGACUGUGAUUAAUCGCCUGAACUCCGCACUUGAGUGACGUGCUAGGUAUCGUAUUAUCUCGAACGCAUGGCAUAAUUUUUUUUUUAGAACCGUAUGUACCGAGUAAGCUCGAGGGGGGAUCCAAACUACUUAACCACCAACUGAAGUUUUAGUGCCCAUUCGAUGAACGUAACACACGUUGAGAAAGUAUGGAAUUCAACCCCAAAGUUUUUCCCUGAGAAUGGAUGGAUCCUUUUCACAAUGUGAACAACCACCGAAAGUCGAAUAUACCCUUGCCAUCGCCACGUAUUCCGAAUACGCGGUGAAGCAUUAGGCACUGCCUAGGGAGCCAAGAUAGAAGAAAUCGAGCAAGCGAAAUGCGCCUAUAUGGUUACUUGGCCGCACGUGAUAUGCCGAUCUUUAAGCUGACGACUUCGUUAUUCUGUCUGAGCAUCCAACGGAUGUUUGCCAGAAAAUCUAUAAUUGUGCACCUGAAGUGAUGGAAGCUGUAGCACUCGCUCAGGCUUUAUAAGCAUACUUCAGGCUAAUCACGUGAAAAACCAGGGGAAGCUAAGCAGAUGCCGUCUGGUUGCUGUUCCACGUACACGCCCCGCAAUUCGAGCAAACUUGAAAACCGCUUGCAACGAGUAAAGCGACAUCAUAUAAUACUGUCUUGUCAUCUACACGUCCUCCAUGUCUGAAAGGUGGACCAUCACAAAAUAAUC